UCUAUUUAACAGGCUAUAUACCCACGAGUUCGGUAUUGUUUCAGAAAGUAGUCAUCUUUCAAGAUAAUUUAUUUAGAAGUUUAUAUCAUUCAUCAUUGACAUUUCAGAAGCAUGUCUCAACCUAACCAAAUCGAAUACCAAAAGGAUGGUCGCUUUACCAGACCUGAUAGCACAUUCCGCGAUUUCAUCUCCGCAGACCCCAACUCAAAAUUCCCUGCUGAGAAAGGUCGCUAUGCGUUAUAUAUUGCUGGCGGCUGUCCGUGGGCGCAUCGCACCAACAUCCUGCGCUCUUUAAAGCGCCUUGAAGAUAUCAUUGACCUAUAUUACCUCAGCUCAUCCAUGGGCGACAAGGGUUGGUGGUUCGACGGCUUGAAUGGUAGUCUGUCGAAAGACCCUUUAUACGGCUUUACAUAUCUACGAGAACUGUACUUCAAAGUAGACCCCAACUUCAACGGCAGGUUUACCGUGCCAGUCCUAUGGGACAAGAAGACCGAAACCAUCGUCAACAACGAGUCUAGCGAGAUCAUCCGCAUGUUAUACUCUGCGUUUGACGCUUUCAUCCCCGAGGAAUUCCGGGAGGUUAACAAGCCUGGAGGCGGUCUUUACCCGGAACACUUGCGCAAGGAGAUCGAUGAGAUCAACGAAUGGGUCUACAACACGGUCAACAACGGCGUGUACAAGAGCGGAUUCGCCACCAAGCAGGAAUCCUACGAGGAGAAUGUGUACCCCUUAUUCAAGUCGCUCGACCGUCUUGAGGGCAUCUUGGCCGGCCACGGCAAGCCCUUCCUACUCGGGGACCAGCUCACCGAAGCCGAUGUGCGCCUGUACCCAACGAUAGUACGAUUCGACGCCGCGUAUUACACUGUGUUCCUAUGUAACCUCAAGAGUAUCCGCCACGACUACCCGCACCUGAACAAGUGGCUACGCCGGCUUUACUGGGACGAGGGCAGCAAAGUGACCGGUGGUGCCUUUCAUAAGACUAGCGCCCCGUGGAUUAACUUGUAUGCUCAAGGAUACGCGACCGCGAGGGCAAGGGUCGCUAAGAUCGAGGGCCCUAUCAUUAUUCCUCGGGGUCCGGCAGUGCCCGUCGAACCCUUGGCUGAGAAUGAGAAGAUAUGGUGAUCAUACCAUGCAUUUGAGCUAAACCAAUAGCUGUGGAAUAUUGAGGCUCGGAUUAAAAGGUCCAUAAUUGGGCCAUAGGCCUGAAUAAUAUUCACGUCAAUUUUUUUUGUUUCACUUCUCAACGAAAAUUCAAGUUCAAGCGCAUCUUAGGUGAUUUUCAUCCCGUAUACUGGGGCUCGUGAACCCCAAUACUUCUCACCAUUGGAU